GAAUGGCAGCACCUGCCUCUGUUUGGGGUACUUAUAUGACUUUGUCUGAUAGAAAGUUAUCGGAAUGCGAGAAGGAGAUUAGUUGGCUGCAGUCAGGUUAAAUAUCAGCGGUUCUCUGGCGGAGGGUCACCGUUAGCUUCCCCGGUUAGCAUGAGCUGCGUCCCGCUGAAGAGAGUGUACAAGGAGCUGCCUGUGUGGAUAGUGGAGGACCACCACGAUGUGGUGUGUCACAUCUACCGGGCCAUUGCGUCGAGGCACCUCCCACUGAAGAACAUAAAGAUGGUUCAUUUGGACUCCCAUCCCGACCUGCUUAUCCCCGUCAACAUGUCUGCUGACACAGUCUUUGAUAAGGAGAAACUCUUCAGUGAGUUGAGUAUAGAAAACUGGAUAAUGCCCAUGGUGUACGCUGGUCAUGUGUCCUGUGUGGCGUGGCUGCAUCCGUACUGGGCCCAGCAGAUCAGAGAAGGAGAGCACAUGAUGACUGUAGGCAGAGACUCAUCCACCACCACCAUCAGGGUGACCAGCACCGACAACUACUUCCUCAGCGACGGUCUGUACGUUAGCGAGGAGCAGCUGGAGAACUCGAAACCUCUCCGACUGAACGUGGUCAAAGUCAAUCCUGUGAAACCAACUCACGGGUCACUAACAGGACUCAGCACAGAGACGGGCCCAGACGGGUGUUUUUCUAAGAGAGCCCGAACAGAGUGGAGUAACUGUGGGGAGGAGGCCAGCUGCUCACAGCUGCUCACAGCGACCACUGACACACUUCACCCAGCAGAGGGCAGCAACACCACGCAAGAACAUGGCAGCUGUGUGAGCGGCCUGACAGAUGAUGAAGACGGUGAUGAAGGGUCAACCAGCUACGUUGUUAAGAGGAUAUCUGCAUUUCUGAGCGAGACGGAGCCAUACAUCCUGGACAUCGACCUGGAUUUCUUCUCGUGUAAAAAUCCCUUCAAGGAGCUAUACACGCAGGAGGAAUAUUCCAUCCUUAAGGAGCUCUACAACUUCAGAGGACCCAGUGUGAACGCUGAAGAGGAGGAGCUUGAUGAGUGUGUCGAUCGUCGUAUACGUCAGUUGGAAGACCUGGAAGCAGCUUUUGCUGAUCUGCUGGAGGAUGAUGGAGAAGAAACGGUGACACGCUGGGCCAGCAACCCCGGCAUGGCUUCAUUAGCCCAACUGGUUUCUAGUUUGAAGGCAAGAAAUCCAAGUCCUGACUAUGAAAUGGUUCACCAGGCAGGGUUGACCUGUGACUCAGUGGAGCUUCCUCACCACAUCAGCAGCGACGAGGAGAUCGACAGACUCAUCUCAGCGGUGCAGCUGUUCCUGAAGGCUCUGCCCACUCCCACUCUGGUCACUAUGUCCAGGUCCAGUCUGGAUGAAUACUGCCCAGUGGAGCAGGUGGAUUCAGUCCAGAGCAGAGUACUGGCUGUACUGGAGGCCCUGUACGGAGCACUGGACUUACACAAGGACUAUGAAAACAGCAGCACAGACACUCCGGACUGCCAACCACAGGCCUCCUAACAGACACAUAAAGACACUUUCAGAUGUAGUUUUUUAUCAAGAAAUGAAAAAUGAAACAUCAGAUGCUGUUGUGGUGAAUUUUAAAGGAAACAUCUGUCUUAUGUCCAACAGCUGGAUCCUGUUCAGAGGAGGUUUGACAUUAUGUCUGAAUGUAAUGUUACAAUUUGGAGUGGAUGUAGUUUUUGUAGAAGGCACUGACAAUGUUUACAUACACAAACUACAUGAGUGUGAGUUUGGUUUUUUUUGGUCAACAAAUCCCAUCUAACAAGUACUGUGUGUGUGGAUCAGAGCCUGAUGUAUCUUGUUUGUUUGUGCCAUAGAGCUCCAUUGAAGCUCAUCAGUCAGCCACACUGUUGCACUUCAUGAUGUGUUCCUUCAUUAUGGGUCAGUCAACAUACAUCAACAUGCUGCCCCAAGUUUGGAUCCAUCUGCAGCUCAAGAAAGUCCCCAAUAAAGGUAUCACUAUAUUUUUAUGAGGUGUAAUAAAAGAUGUACACUUACAGUAGAAACCAAUGCAGUCAAAGUAGGAAAAACAGGAAGUGAAGAGAAGCAAACACAUUGUUGUUUUUGGUCUUUUCAUGAGCUUUUUUGAAACUAACAAAAUUAUUUCCAGGCUUAUUUUUCAACACAGAAGACCUUUAUAUGUUCUGCUUCGUUCAGGACCAGUACUGGGUUUGCACUGGUGUUGAUGCUGCAUUGAGAUGCAGUGUGUGCUGCUCUAAAUGUGUUAUGCUGCUUUGAAAGGAGGGAACUGAUAUGUUUCAUGUGUCAAAUUAGUAUUUGUGUACAAUCCUACAUUAUGAUGGCAUCAUGGUGAUAUUUAUUAAUAUAAAGCUUUGAAACCCUUAUGAAAUCGUGUAUUUAGAUAAAUGUAUGUAGCUACAGAGAACUCAAACAGAUGACACAGAAAUGUUGUACUUGAUGAGUUACUUGUUGAGGUAAAAGAUCAGAUUCAAUAUACAGUCGUUCUCAAACAUAUUCAUAGCCUCCCAUUAAAGAAGAAAAAAA